AUGAGCACUUCUUCUAACCAGAGGACUUUAUUUCAAACUUGGGGCGCGCCUGCACCUCCGAACCAUGUUGUUGGAUCUAAAAAAGAAGAGAAGAAAGCUGCUGGACGACGCAAAGCGAGCCAAAGCGAUACAGCACAGAGAUCUGCACCAAAUCCAUUGUGGGCUGAAGUAGGCACUUUCAACCCAACAGAUGCUGCUAAAGAGAUAAGUCAUUCCACAAAAACUCCUAAACCUAUUACUUAUGAAGAUGAAGAUGACGACCUCAUGGUGGUCGCUGUCAUUGAAGCUGAAGAGAGCCUACAACAUGAUAAGGGCAUUUUACCCCAAAAUGAAAGACCCACGCCAUCAGUUGGGAAUAUCACUUAUCCAGACUUCCCUGGUUUUGACAGCUCCUCUGCAACGGUGUGGAUUUACCCCACCAACUACCCAGUCAGGGAGUACCAGCUGAACAUGUCAAAGGCCGCCUUGUUCAAAAAUACACUAGUAUGCCUUCCCACAGGUUUGGGCAAGACAUUCAUCGCGGCUGUUGUCAUGUACAACUUCUAUCGUUGGUAUCCAGCUGGGAAAAUUGUGUUCAUGGCCCCCACCAAGCCACUGGUGGCGCAACAGAUUGAGGCCUGCUAUAAUGUGAUGGGCAUCCCCCAGGAGCACAUGGCUGAGCUGACUGGUAGCACAGCGGCCCACAGGAGGCAGGAAGUGUGGCGGUCCAAGCGCGUCUUCUUCCUUACACCUCAGGUGAUGAUGAAUGACCUGUCAAGAAACACCUGCCCGGCACUGCAGGUCAAGUGUGUGGUGAUUGAUGAGGCACACAAAGCGUUGGGCAACCAUGCCUAUUGUCAGGUGAUCCGACAGCUCAGCAGUCAAACUCAGCAGUUCCGCGUGCUUGCCCUCAGUGCCACUCCAGGAGGAGACACAAAGUCGGUGCAGUCCGUGAUCUCCAAUCUGCUCAUCUCGCACAUUGAGCUACGCUCGGAGGAAAGCCCGGAUAUCUUGGCCCACUCGUACCAACGGUGCGUGGAGAAAAUGGUGGUGCCGCUCGGGGACGCGCUCGCUUCUCAUCAGGCUCGCUACCUGCAGGUGCUGGAGAAGUUCACGUCUCGCCUGAUCCAAAACCGAGUGAUGCAACACAAGGAAUUACAAAAUCUCACCAAGUACCAGCUCCUCCUUGCCAGGGAACAGUUCCGAAAAAACCCACCAACACACAUCAAGGGACCGCAGCAGGGAAUGCUGGAGGGAGACUUUGCCCUUUGCAUUAGCCUUUGUCAUGGCUACGAGCUCCUCAUGCAAAUGGGACUCAGGUCGCUCUUCUUUUUCGUCCAGGGGAUCAUGGAUGGAACCAGAGAAAUGUCCCGGGCCAGGAAUGAGCUGCAGAGGACUCCCACCUUCAUGGAUCUUUAUCAAGAAAUGGAGACAAUGUUUGGGAAGGAACCUGGCCUGGAUGAACCCUUCAUUUAUGGUCACCCAAAGCUACAGAAACUUGAAGACGUGGUGCUCCAACACUUCCAAUCGUUGUCACAGAACGCAGCAAGUAAUGGUUCGGCUGCACAGGAAGUGAGCACACGGGUGAUGAUCUUUUCGUCGUUCCGUGACAGCGUGCAGGAGAUCGCCGCCAUGUUGAACCGCCACGGCCCGCUAAUUAGAGUCAUGACAUUCAUGGGGCAAGCUUCGGCGGGGAAAGGAGUCAAAGGUUUUACCCAGAAGGAGCAACUGGAGGUGGUGAACAGGUUCCGUCAGGGUGGCUUUAACACGCUAGUGUCGACCUGCGUUGGAGAAGAGGGGCUGGACAUCGGCGAGGUUGACCUUAUCGUCUGCUUUGAUGCGCAAAAGAAUCCCAUUCGUCUCGUGCAGCGCAUGGGCCGAACUGGACGCAAGAGGAAAGGACGCAUUGUGGUCAUCCUGACCGAGGGACGGGAAGAGAGGACAUACAACCAGAGUCAGAGCACCAAACGCAACCUGUUGAAGUCCAUCAUGGGCAACAAGAGUGGCUUCCACAUGUACCCCAACAGUCCCCGCAUGCUACCCGACGGUAUAACUCCCACGCUGCAUAAGAUGCAUAUCACCUGUGGCCAGUUUGACCACAGGGAAGUUAGCAGACGGUCUUCAAGGGGUCGUCGUUCGCAUACGCAGGGUCGGGCCUCACUCAUCCACCCACAAAACCUUUUUUGUCAGGAGGGCACUGCAUCGGGAGAAUUUUUGAGCAGCACAGAGUAUUCUUUGUGGGCGUCCACGAUGAAGCUGGAGGAAGAUGAAGCUCAACCAACCUUGAGGCUAUCAUCACGCUUCAUUUCCCUACCACAUGAUGGAUCAGUUCAGGACGACGUUCCCAAUGGUGACGUUCCUGUCAGAGAGCUUUCUCUUUGGGAAUGGAGGCACUGGCAACAUCGAGCGCUUCCAACCCAUAUGGUUGAUCACUCCCUGCGCUGCCAGCAUUUCAUUAAGGUGAUGCAACUCAUCGACAACAUGCGUGAGGAAAACGAGGAGGACUGUGUAUACGAGCAGGAACUAUCCUCUUAUCUCAAUAACGGUGACGUAGAUGGCAAUUUCAAGAAGAUAAAGAAAAGCGCCCGGUCCAAAACUGGUGAGCAAUCGUCACCUAGUUUGGCACGCCAAGAAAGGAAUGAGGAACCAAAGACUAUGCGAAAGCCUGGUAUAGAAUGCUCUGUUUCACCUCAGUUAAACAAUGAGGAACCUGUCAGUAUCUCUGAAGACGUUUUUAUCGUAAAUUCCCCCGGGCCUGAAGAGAUACUGAUUAAUCGGGACAAUGAAGAAGAUAUUGAACUUCAGAAUAUGUUUUAUCUCCCCAAAUGGGAUUCCUGUCCUCCCACUUCGGACAUCCUGGAUAAAAACGAGAACCUAAAAGCCAUCUUGGCCAACGUUGCCCAACUCUUGAGCAGAUCACCUCCGCCGCUGUCGGAUUUAGACAAUUUCAUGGUCAACUCGACUUGUCCUCCUCUUCCUGAACCUCUUCAGCCAUUCCACGUUAGCUUUACCUUGGAUGUAGAUGAAGACGACGAUGAUAAUGAUGAAAAGACAGUGGAUCCUUAUGAUAAUGGCUGUUCUGAAGCAGCAUCAGAUGAGGAGAGAUUGAAGUCUUUCAGAAGUCCAACCUGGGAGGAAGUCUUUGAGGAUGAAGGUACAAAUAAAGAUGGUGAAACUAAGAACCAUGAGCAGAAUAUUGGUGAAGAAAAUAAAACUGCGGAGGACUCGAAUACCAAUGCGUGGGACAACGACCAGAUGGACGACAGCAUGGACCUGUUUGGCGACGAUGAAGCCUUCCUGCAGAUCACCAUUCCGGAUAUCCGCACCCCAGAAGGUGGUGUCACACCCGUUACUUUACCCAAUGCGGAGGACAUCGCUAACAGCACAAAGCAUAAAACGUGUGAGGCGGGAAUGAAACUUACAGCAACAUCACCAAAUAAAGAGACAAUUUCAAAGCAUAAAGGGAAUGGUUCUCCUACUGUUUCAAAAAGUACAGAGUCCUUUAACGGUUUUGCUGUCAAUUUUGACCUCGGCUUUUCCUUGGAGGAUUCUGAGGAAGAAGAAGAUGUCGUUUCAGUGAACACCACCCUCAUGCAGGCUAAAAAGCAGGAGGCUUUAUCAUGUGCAUCCAAUUCCUUAACCUCUUACAGCUUUCACAAGCCUGUUGCACCUUCUCAGGGCACUCCAUCCAGAUUUUCCAGACCUCAGAUGCUGUCGGAGCGGAAGUCGCCGUUGACAUCGAAGAUGGCCACGGUGGCGUCACCGUGUUCCGCCGGUCCUCAUACCGCUCGCCUAUCGCUCAGUACUCUGAAACGAAGACGACCAGAAGAUGGUCCAAAAUCUGCAGAAGCACAAGACGAGUGUUCCAUUGUGCUUGAAUCCGACCUUCAUCAAGCUGAGUACACAACAGACAGCGAUGAAGAUGUCGUUGGCCAUAAGAGAAGACAUGCGAACAGGGUCAAUCGUUUGUCAUCUCCAGACUCUGUGUCAAAGAUCCUCUCUGAUGCAGACUCACCGUUUGUGAGAAGGAAACAUGUGACUGCACUAACCACGUCUGAAACAACAGAAGCAGAUGAUGAUGAUUUCCAGGCUGAGCGUGUGCUUGCACAAAGAAGAACGAAACAGCCGGUCCACCAUAUCAAGACCAAGCACAACAAAUGUCGAAAAGGGCGUCAGUUCCUGGAUGAGGAAGCAGUACUGUCGGAAAACGAAGAGGGCACGGCGGUAUCGUCCGAUGAAGAAGACGGAGAAGAGCAAAACCGCUUUCUGGAAGGCUUCGUGGUGGAUAAUACACGUCUGUCUGAGGGACUGAAUGACUCCGAGAUGCACGGGAUAUACUUGAAGUCUGUAAGAAGCCCGGCCAUCCAAGGAAAGUUCAAGAUGUCUUACAAAAAUCUUCACAACACUGAUAUUUUUUCCCAGGUGCCUGAGCAAGACGACACCUACAAAGAGGACAGUUUUGUGGUGGGCAGCCAAGAGGAAGUUGAGGAAGAGGAACAGGAGAGCUCUGAGGAAGCCGUGGAGCUGAUGCCGGAGGCCUCGUACGUAGAAGGAAGGAGACAAUACGCCACGAGACGGCGUGUCUUCUUGCACAAAGCCAGAGAAAAAAACGCGGCGACUGCGAUAGAGCCGAGAAGCAAGCGUGGCCGUGUUCUCCGUUUGGUAGAUUCAAGUGAGGAGGACGAGGGAGCAGAUGGUCUGGAAAUCACUAAGACCAUGAAGUUAAUGCAGCAGGCAAAAGUCUCUUCUUCCUCUUCUUCAAACACGGCAUCCAAGGUGUCACUACUCGGCAGGGAAAUGAGGGAAGAGAGGAGUCGCCAGAGGAUAGAAAGACAACAUGAGCUUUCUGAUCAGCUGGACUUUGACACAUCAGGGUCACGUGAUACAUCUAAGCAACAACCUCAGGAGCCUUUAUCCACCAUCCCACAUCCUGCCGUGGUGGGUCUAUCCAUCAUGGAGAGUCCAGUGUGCAUCCUAGUGGACAGCCGCUGCCUCAGCAGCAGCGUGGAACUCGUUAGCAGCCUACGGCAGAGACACGGCGCCACCGUCCACGUGUGCUCUUUGGACGGUAGCUAUUUCAUCGUCAGUGGCCGUAUGGCCGUGGAGAGGCACGUUCAGUCGGAUCUGGCGUCAGCGCAGAACCGAAAGCGACUCGCCGAAAAAGUGAACAGCGUGCAAGAGCGCUUCGAGCGCGUCUGUAUGAUCGUGGAGAAGGACAGAACCAAGCCAGGUGAAUCAUCGCGUCCUUUCCAGCGCACCCGCUCUUACGACAGUACCCUGGCGGCGCUGGUGGAGACCCGAGUGCGCCUGCUAUGGAGCGACGGCCCCGAGCAGAGCGCCACUCUGCUAGCUGAGCUGGCGCAACUGGAACGACGCAAGGGUCACGGGAUCGCUCCGCAUUCCACGGAGCAGAGCGGUCAGCACGCGCAGAGAGCGCUGCAACUCUAUCUGAGUCUUCCCGCCAUCAACUACGUCCACGCUCUUAACAUGAGCCGCCGCUUUCGAUCGGUCGCUCAGCUUGUCAACAGCUCGGUGGAACGCUUGGGGCGUGGAGGCGGCAUGAGUCCAGCGAAGGCUGAGGAGGUCUACCGCUUCCUACACUACAACUGCGACGCCUCCCUCAUGGACAAAGCGAGCAAUUCUCGCGAGACGGUAACACACACUCUCAGGAAGUAA